AUGAGGUGGGGCUUGUUGUUCCUCACCGUAGCGGCCCUCGUGGCCAUCACGUACGCCGAGGAGGAACCCGAGAUAACUCCAUCACCGAAUAGCCCUUUCGCUGCCCAGCUCGAGCUGGCCAAGCUCGAGGCUCGUGCUGCCGCUAGGGUUGAUGAGCUCAAGAGGAAGGAGGCUGAGGCCAAUGAUUUGGAGCAACGCAAAGCCGCCUACCGCCAAGUGCGACUCCACAACCAGCGCAAGGCCGCCGCCGCUCGCCGUCGUGCCAAAGCCGCCCAACGUCGCGCAGCCGCCCGCCGCGCCGUCACCGCUAAGCGCCGCGCGCACGCGAAACGCGUGGCGCACGCCGCCCGCGUGCGCAAGGCCACCCGCAGGCGCAUAGCGAUGAGGAGGGCUGCUGCUAAGCGCCGUGAACAAAAGCGCCUCGCCCGCCGCCAUCGCAACAACCGUCGCCGCGGACGCAAGAACCGCAAUCAUCGCGGA